AUGUUUAUUGGCGGUCUCAGCUGGGACACUACAAAGAAAGAUCUGAAGGACUAUUUCUCUAAAUUUGGUGAAGUUGUAGACUGCACUCUGAAGUUAGAUCCCAUCACUGGACGAUCGAGAGGCUUUGGCUUUGUACUCUUCAAAGAAUCGGAGAGCGUAGAUAAGGUCAUGGACCAGAAGGAACACAAGCUGAAUGGAAAGGUCAUUGAUCCAAAAAGAGCUAAAGCCAUGAAAACGAAAGAACCUGUUAAGAAGAUUUUUGUUGGGGGCUUAUCUCCAGACACGCCUGAGGAGAAAAUAAGGGAAUAUUUUGGAGGUUUUGGCGAGGUUGAAUCGAUAGAGCUCCCCAUGGACAACAAAACUAACAAGAGGCGUGGAUUUUGCUUCAUUACUUUCAAGGAGGAGGAACCAGUGAAGAAAAUAAUGGAAAAGAAAUAUCACAAUGUUGGGCUUAGUAAAUGUGAAAUAAAAGUAGCCAUGUCAAAGGAACAAUACCCUUUGUCACGUUGUGUUGCAGGCCCUAGUCAAAACUGGAACCAGGGAUACAGCAACUACUGGAAUCAGGGAUAUGGGAACUAUGGCUACAACAGCCAGGGGUAUGGAGGUUAUGGAGGUUACGACUACACUGGUUACAACAACUACUAUGGAUAUGGUGACUAUAGCAAUCAGCAGAGUGGUUAUGGGAAAGUAUCUCGGCGAGGUGGUCAUCAAAAUAGCUACAAACCAUACUAAAUUAUUCCGUUCGCAACUUACCCUGAACAGGUGGAGAUGCAGUAUUUUCUCAUUUGAAGAUUCAUUUGAGGUGGCACAUGCUACCUGCUAGUAGCAGUUCAAACUAAUUUUUGUAUCAAGUCCAUGAAUUGGAAGUAAGACGUUGGGUCCCUCUGAAGUUUUAAUUGAGUUUUCAUUAAGCAAAAUUGCUUUCACGGUCUUAUUUCUUAAUUGCUAUGCUUAAGAAUCAAUUUGUUUUAUGCCCCUUCCUCAGUAUUGUAGCGCAAGUCUUGUGUUCAAAAGCCCAGUGUGACAGUGUCAUGAUGUAGUAAUGUCUUACUGGUUUUUUAAUAAAUCUUUUUGUAUAAACGUG